AUGAAGUUAUCUCUUUGUGCCACUCUACUACUUGGUGCAUCAGCACUUGUGCCGGCCGUGCUCGCUGACACAGAAUAUUUUAACCGCCCUGUUCCGGGAUCAGUGUUUUACAAGGGCUCCAAGGCAUGCUUCUUGCUCGACAAAAUGGAUGACGAUGACGAUAAAGUCAUAUUGGCUCAACUUUACCGACACAAGGAAAAGGAUGAAAGCAAGAUCAAAGUCCAUAAGAGAGAAGACGACGAUGAUGAUGACGAUGAUGAAGAUGAUGAUGAAGAUGAUGAUGACGAUGAAGAAGAUGACGACGACGAUGAUGAUGAUGAUGACGAUGACGAUGACGAUGACAAUGGCAAGGACAAAGACGACGAUAAUGACAAGGACAAAGACGAUGAUGAUGAUGAUGACAAUGAUGAUGACGAUGAUGACGAUGAAGAUGGUGACAACUCUGGGCUUAAAUUUACUCAAACAAUCCAAAAGUGGUACGGCAAAGAUAUUGGUGAUGACAACAGCGAUUUUUCGUUCUGCUGGACAGUGCCCCAAAAUGUCACUGCAGGAAGAUAUCAUGUGCAAAUGGAGACUCAAGAACUGAAUGAUGAUGGUACUAUCAAAAAUGAUGGUGAUGGUGAUGGCGGGGAUCAAGAUGACAUGGUAAGAAGCCAUAUCUUCCACAUCUUGGACGGCCAAGAUCCCGAACCAGACACCACCACAGAGCAAGAUACCCCUACGACACCUUCUAGUAAUGAUACACCAACACCAACGCCAACCGAAGAUACGACAGCAACCCCAUCACCAAAAGAUGAUGAUGAUGAAGCUCCUGUUGUAUCACAACCAUCGGGUCAAACACCCAUCACUCUACACCAACAACCACAACCUGAUACUAAUGAAGGAUCAGACAACGCCAAAGAGAACAAUGAGACUUCUACAUCUAAUUUCCCAUUGGAUAUUGGGAGCACACCGGUGACCGUGACGACAAAUAAAGCGCUUCUUAGGCGUGCACAAAUUAAGCGGCGCAUCCUCGCUAGACGUUUAUACCACUAG